AUGGUGGAAGAAAUUGGGGAGCAUAAUGUAGUCCAGGUAGUGACAGAUGGAGCUUCUAAUCUUGUGGCGGCUGGGAGGUUGUUAGAGGAGAAAAGGACAAAGCACACAUGGGUCCUAAGUUUGUAUAGAGACUUUUGUGAUGGGGAAUUGGCACGACCAGCUGUUACAAGGUUUGCAACUGCCUAUUUGACCUUACAAUGUAUGAAGCAACAAAAGAAUGGUCUUCGAUCUAUGUUUGCUUCGGAGAAAUGGGCUAAUAGCAAUUAUGCUAGUAGAAAUGAUGCCAAGAAAGUGGUAGAUAUUGUCUUAUCUGAUUCUAGAUUUUGGAGAUCCAUCCAAUAUUGCUUGAAGUGUGUGACUCCACUUGUGGCAGUUUUACGGCUUGUAGAUGGUGAUGCAAAACCCGCCAUGCCAUAUAUUUAUGAAGCAAUGGAUAGAGCAAAAGAGCAAAUAGUUGCAGGUUUCAAUAAUGAAAAGUCAAGAUAUAUGAAGGUGUGGAAGUUGAUCGAUACACGUUGGAAUUUUCAAUUACAUAGGCCUCUUCACGCGGCUGCUUAUUAUCUUAAUCCUAAGUACCAUUAUCAAAAGAACUUCAAUCCGGAUAAUGAAGUUCUUUAUGGAGUUUAUGAUGUCAUUCAUAAGAUGGCUGCUCAAGAUUCAAAGACUAGAGUCUUAAUUGAUAGACAACUUGAGCAAUUCAAGGGAGCUAGAGGACUUUUUGGAGUUAAGAUGGCAGUGGAAACAAGGAAUGUGAAGCAUGCUCUUUGGUGGGAAAGUUAUGGUAGAGAUGGAAAUGAGUUACAAAAAAUAGCAAUGAGAAUUUUGAGUCCCACAUGCAGUGCUACUGGUUGUGAAAGAAAUUGGAGUGUUUUUUAUCAAAUUCAUACUAAGAGAAGAAACAAGUUGGAGCAGCAAAGAUUGAAUGCACUUGUCUAUGUUAAGUAUAAUCUUCAACUUGAGAUGAGACAAAAGACUAGAGAGGAGAAGGGAGAUAACUAUGAUCCUAUAUGUUUAUCCGACAUUGAAUCAGAUGAUGAGUGGAUUACUGAAAAAGAGACUCCUUGCUUACCAGGUCCAGGUGAUGAUUCAUGGAUGGAUAUACAUGAGUCUUUUACUCUUGAAGAAGGAGCUCCAAGCAAGAAAAGGAAGAGAGGUCCAAGAAAUUUAAAUGCGCGUUCUAGUAUGGGAAAAGGAAAAUCUAUCUGUGAGGAUGAGAGUGAAGUUGAAGAAAUAAUUGCAAUGGGAGAAGAAGGGGGUGAACAAUUGGAGAAUGAGGAAGAUGACCUCAGUGAUGUUGACCUAGGAGAUGAUUGA